AUGAGUGUUUUGCGUUCACCAAAUAUGCGAAGCGACUCGCCACAACCAGAUCUUUCUUUACGCGAUCACGAUAAUGACUCGCAAAUUGCAUACGGCAAGCGUAAACAACCAGAAUCAGAGUGCAGUGCAGAAAUCUCUAAACUACGCCAGGAAAUGAUGUCUUUUCUUAAAGAUUUCAGUGUUGCUCAGACUACAAACAUGAAUAAAAUGAAAGAAGAAAUCAUGUCUCAACUUAAAGAUCAACUCAGUGGAUUACAAAUAACCUCAAACAAAAUAAUUGCGGAACAAAACCAAUUAAAAUCGGAGCUGAAAAGUUUUAAGAAAACAACGGAAGGAGAUAUUCAGGCCCUUCAGGAUUCCUUGAACUACCACUCAGGAAGACAAGAUGAAAAUGUCCAGAAAAUUCAGUCAAUUGCAUCCGAAGUAACCAAAGUUAACAACAUCGGGGAAGAUAUCCGUCAGUUACGUAACAAAGUCAAUGAUCUGCAAUUUGAGUUAAAUACCCACCAGCAAAGAGAAAGAUUGGCAAACUUGGAAAUUACCGGCUUACCGCAGAAGACUAACGAAGACUUGAGAGAUUAUCUACUGAAAAUCAGCAACAUCGCAAAGUGUCAGUUGGCCCUGGAAGACAUCAUCUCGAUUAAUCGUGUGGAACCCCGCUCUAAACUACUGGAUAAACCCAAAGUAAUAGUGGCUAAAUUGAGGUCUACCUUAAUUCGUGACAGCAUCAUCUCAGGUAUCCGUAGAAAUCGCGGUUUGACAACAGUUGACAUCGGAUUGCCUGGUGAGCCUAGACAAAUAUAUGUCAAUGAACAUCUGACACCACUCAAUAAGAUGUUAUUUGGCAAAGCCAGGGAAGCAACGAAGAAGAAUGGUUACCGUUAUGUAUGGGUCAAAUAUGGGAAGAUUUUUACCAGGAAAGAUGACACCCACCCGCCUGUUCACAUUAGAACAAUUGAAGAUAUCAGCAAGAUCAAGUGA